UUUCGCUUUGUUGAAAUGCCAAUUAUUUACACCAAUACAAUGGAAAAUUACAGUCCUCUUCUUCGAUCGUGUCUAAUUUAUAUCAAUUCCCAUCUGCAAGAUAUAAUUAAUUAUUACCGGAGACGAAAUGUUUAUACCGAAAGUUUAUUUUCUGUACUUCCUCCAAUUUUAUGCGAGUUAUUGCUGAAUUUUGCACCCUCCGAUCUCGAUCCUCAAAUACUUUGCAAUUUCUUCAGAAAAGGAAUUAAAACACUACGUUUAGCAUUUUACAACCACGACAUACCCAUACGAAGAUUUUCUGAAUUCUCUCAAGAAAUCACUCACGCAAGGUUUGGGUUUUCCAACAUCACACAACAAAAUCUUGGAGAAUUGAUCCGUUUGUUACCAAAUGUUUCAGUUCUAAGCUUAUGUGGAACAAACGCAAACGAUUCUACAGUAGAGACAAUUGGCAAACAUUGCCCUCUCAUAGAAUGUCUCGAUUUAUCAUAUUGCCUGAUAACUGACGUGGGUCUAAGUUCGCUGUGUUACGACUCUGAGGAUCAGCAAUUCCCGAGGUGUAAAUAUUUAAAGGUGCUAAAAGUCAAAGGUACUGUUAUAACUGUAAAUGGGCUCGUUAAUGUAUUGGAAUACGUACCACUUAUGAAGAUCCAAGUGGAAAGAAACCUCUACAUGAAUGCUGUAUGCCAUUUCGUACAGCGCAAUUAUAACAGACACCUGCAUCUCAGAGAGUUGUGUUUGAUUCCCAGUGAAGACAGAAUGGAUCUUCCAGAUAUUUUGCUGUCGUUUCCCGAAUUGCAUACAUUGUGUAUAUAUAAAUUAGCCAUUAACGAAACGGAUCUUAUAAACACACUGUCAUCACUCCUGUGUCUAAAUCGUUUGUCCAUCAGCAUUCAGAAAGGUGAUUCGAGUUUGACCUUCGAGGGAAUAAGUUGUUAUCUGUUUUCUGCAGGAAAACAACUGACCGAAUUAAAGUUAAACAAUUUCGAAUACGUUAACCUCUAUCAAAUCGGAACACGUUGCACCAACUUAAGAAUUCUAGGACUUUAUUCGAUCCGCCAUCUUUACUUCAAGAAGGACGAUGUCGUAGAGCAGUUGGAUCCAAUUUUCCAACAGCUGGAGAGGUUAAAUUUGGAAAACAUUCGAGGAGAUCCUUGGGACGAUUGCCUCUCAUCCCUGUUCUCGAAUUGUUCCAGGUUGAAUGAGUUGAUCAUCUCUUCUCUGUCCUGUUUGAACGACGAUCUGGUUCUAGAGAUUGUACCACUUCUGAAAACAGUUCAAACCCUCGCACUUCAUAAUUGCGAGAACGUCAAUAAGUGGUCCAUAUACUGCAUUAUAGAUCAAGCUCCGAGUCUGAAGAGUCUGUGGAUGAUCUACAAUAGGAAUGUCUUAUCGGAAAGAGAACAAGCGCACGUCAGGGAUUACAUCAAGUUGAAAAACAUCGGCGUGCGGUUUCAUUAUUGGGAAAUUCUGGGGCAUUUCGUUCCUUCUGAUCAAAUUAGCAUCACCUUAGACGAAAUGCAAUUUUAAGAAAUCAGGAAGACUCUUCUGUGGCUGCCAAUGUGUCCAGAUUAUAUCCAUACGCGCAUUGCAUUUGCAGAAAAUAAUUAUAAAAUGAUGAAAUCUCUUGAUUUUUAUUAUAAAAAUGAAUAAUUUGAAAAUAUAAACGUGAAAUUUGAUCACAGU